AUGUCCGCCAGAGGGAGAAGUUUCAGCGUGGAAGAGCACGUUAGCGUCCCGGUGCCACAUACAGCUGUGGUGGAUUUGACUACCAAGCCUGUACCUAGUCUGCUCAGACAUAGACGACUCAGCGGCUGGAUGCCCAGACGCUCAGAGUCGCAGGAGUCGUCCAUUUCCUGGACCUUACAGAAGUGCGCCCGAUGCAGAACUCGCAUUUCGUCCUGUCCGCAUGUGUUGAGGGCACCCACAGUGAUCGCCAUGGUGGGCUUGCCAGCCAGGGGCAAGACUUACAUCUCCAAGAAGCUCACCAGGUACCUCAACUGGAUUGGGGUCGCCACUAAAGUGUUUAAUGUGGGAGAGUACCGGCGGGCCAAGACCACACAGCAUCACAGUCAUGACUUCUUCCGGGUAGAUAACAAGGAGGCCAAGGAGAUACGACACCGUGUGGCAAUGUUGGCCAUGGAGGAUGCAGCAAAGUAUCUGGAAGAGGGAGGAGAGGUUGCUGUGCUGGAUGCGACCAACACAACCAGACAUCGGCGGGAGACCCUUGUUGAUAUGUUUACAGUGCAGAGAAACUUCAAACUCUUCUUUGUGGAGUCUAUAUGUGAGGAGCCAGAUAUCAUUGAAGCCAACAUUUUAGAAGUCAAGGUUUGCAGUCCAGACUAUGAGGGCAUGGAUAAAAAUACAGCUCUGGACGACUUCCUCAAGAGGAUAGAGCACUAUAAACGGGAGUACGAGCCCUUGGAUUGCGAGUAUGACAAAGACAUCUCAUUUAUACAAAUCUUCAACCAGGGCGAGAGGUUCAUUGUCAACAAACUGGCAGGACAUUUACAGAGCAGAGUGGUCUAUUACCUCAUGAAUAUACAUGUACUCCCAAGAACCAUUUACCUAACCAGGCACGGGGAAAGUCAGAUGAACCUGCAAGGUCGUAUCGGAGGUGACAGCGAUCUUAGCGAACAGGGAGAAAGGUAUGCUGAAGAGUUGGCCAAGUUUGUCCAGAGUGAGAACAUCCCUAACCUCAAAGUGUGGACCAGCGAGCUGAAGCGCACCAUCCAGACAGCUCGCCACAUCCAGGCACCCAAGGAGCACUGGAAGGCGCUCAACGAGAUUGAUGCGGGGAUCUGUGAAGGGAUGACCUAUGAGGAGAUACAAGAUCAGUACCCUCAGGACUUUGCAGACCGAGACCAGGACAAGUACCACUACAGAUACCCUAGCGGGGAGUCAUACCAGGACCUGGUUGCCCGCCUGGAGCCCGUCAUUCUGGAACUGGAGAGACAGGAGAAUGUCAUGGUCAUCUGUCACCAGGCGGUGCUGCGCUGUCUGCUGGCCUAUUUCCAGGACAAAAAUGCCG